AUGGUUUGCUCCCCCCGAUUCAUCACCACUCUCCUCCGUCUUUGGAAGAUCAAGACCGUCGAUGUGUACCGCGUCGGGAUCGAGCCGGUCGAUAUCAACGCGUUCGAGUACCGCAGCAAGCGCGAGCUCCAGAUCGUCGAGCAUGCCCUUAUCAGCACUCGAUACCCGCACAACCUCAACUCAGCCCCUGGCGGUUUCCUCCACGACUUCAAGGUCGACGUGUAUUCGCCUUCCCCCCUUCCGAUCACGCCCCACGAAGCUGAACCAACCUCCGUCGACAACGGCAUCAAGCGCCGCCUGGAAGGCAUGUACCAAGCGUACGCCAGCCAGCGCAGUGAUGGGACGAGCAUCAACCCGCAGCCCUCGCGCAUCUGGUUAACGCUGCGACUGCCCAGUUCAACGGCGCACACGCCGAGAUUGGCUACCGCCCUGCCGCCGUUUUGCAACCUGUACACUGAUUUCGAACUUAACUGGUGGUUCUGGGUCAUCAUAUUGCUCCUCCUGCCGUAUCUCCAAGUCGUAGGAUGGCCGGCAGUGGUGUGGUUGGAGUCAAGAGAAGUGAUCACUGCCUUUGUUGACGGUCGACUUGCCGGAGCGUCGCAGUUCAUGAACGCCCCGGACUUCGACGAGUGCUUGACCCACGUCCCCUCCGCGCCGACAGGCCCUGGCCCAAAAAGAACCAUCGACAUGGCGCUGUGUGCGGGCCACGCAGUCAUCUGCGACCUUGGACAUGGGAACUUCACGAUUGCGCUGCUGUGUUACGACCGCGGCGUCCUGAAGUACGACCCCGAGCUGGCCCCGGACCGCGAGGCGCUCCAGCAAGUCGCAGAUGCCGACCAUCAAAGACGCCUGUGUGCGUACAAGCAGUACGUCAUGCAGCACGGCCACCCGUCCGACCUGGGCUCGUACGGCAAGCUGCAUGACGCGGGAGAAGUGGCUGUCCCAGCCGAACUGCGUGCCGAUAUGGAGAGGCUGCGUGCCCUGGUCUGCGAGCGCGAGGCCGUCAAUCUCCGCCUCCGUGCCCAAGCCGCUGUCGCCCGUGGCUCAGCUAUCGGCCUCACGUCUGAGGGCGCGACGAAGGUCGCCAAUGAGACGCAUGCCGCUCGCACUUUCGCUGUCGGCAACAAGACCUUCCGUGGCAAGGACGACCCCGAGCGCGUCAAGCAGUUCGAGCGGUACCUGGAGGAACAACAAGAACUUAUUGCCCGGCGCCUUCCUUACCCCCAGCACCAGUAUCGGCCUGACGGGAUGUCCCUUGACAAUUGGCAGGUUUGGUUCUGUCGACUUGACCCCGGCCAGGAGCUCAUGACUGCCCGCCGCGUUGGGAAGGAGAGGAAGAAUGGGAUGGCCGAUUACGAACGAUUCAGUUCUGGGGACCUGAUCGUUGAGUGGGUCAUCUGGGGCGGAGACGCUGCCGAGCAUCACUACCUCUCUGAUCUGGGCUUGAUCAGAGCGAUGGGAUGGUCUGGAAUAAUUCCGCCCGACUUUGACGGCCUAACGAUCCCUCCUGCCGUAGUGAAGCCCGACUCCUCCGACGAGUUCAAGAUGGCGACGGCCAUUGGCCUCGCCCUCGCCUACAGUCACGGCGCUCCAGAGCUGCGUGACGUUGCGGCCAACACGGACACGACCUCGACAUACAUCGAACGGUCGACUGGAUCAUCGACAAUGUAUAACUACUGUCAGCAGGAUUGCGUCAUCUCCAGGCCGUUCAAGCUGGCAAUGCAUCAGUGUGAAGACAUCAAUGGAGACCGCUACCCUCCGACGAAGCGCCGCAAGACAGCGGAGGGUGAGUCGACGAAAGCCAACGCCUAUCGUAACAGCUCGAAGAUGGUCCCGGUGCGAUCAUUGCACUUCCACGAGAUGCCGCCAAGGGUCAGGUCGUGGGCUUGGGCCUCCUUCGUGUCGGCCUCCAACCCCCUCAACGUCACGGCCUCCUUCUUCCCGGAGAACCCCGGCCCUCUUCCCGCCCGUCCCAUUAUCUCGCCAGGCUUUGGACCCACCGAUGUCCAACGCCAGUCGAACGCACCCGCCCCCUCCAACCGCAAAGGAAAGCGAAGCGACAAAGCGGGCAAGGGUAGUACUCGUCAAGUGAGCGCGGGCAGCGGAGGCGCGGGGAUGACAAAGGCCAAAGCCAGCGGCUCAGGUAGCAGCCCUUCAGACGUUGGUAAGAGUACCAAGAUGAACCGUGUGCGGGAGCUCGAGCACCAAGACCUUCCCGUUCAAAAAUGGUUGUACAUACAUUACGCUCAAAUACUCAAAUGGAUGCAAGUCGUGUGGAAAAGAGGUGGUUAG